AGUGCGGGAAGGCAGGGCUGGGCCGGCGCCGCCUGCCGAGAGGACCCGGCAGUCGGGCCUGCGUGGUUCAGCGCUCGGCAGCGGCGACUCUCCCCGGGCCGGGCCGGACAGCGAAGGGCCAUGGCCGAAGCAACCCCGGCUCCGACUUCUGAAUGGGACUCCGAGUGCCUUACAUCCCUGCAGCCGCUUCCUCUUCCUACGCCCCCGGCAGCAAAUGAGGCGCACCUGCAGACAGCAGCCAUCUCCCUGUGGACAGUGGUGGCUGCUGUGCAGGCAAUAGAGAGGAAGGUGGAGGUCCACAGCCGGCGACUCCUACACCUAGAAGGCCGGACAGGGACAGCAGAGAAGAAACUAGCCAGCUGUGAAAAGACAGUGACUGAGCUUGGGAACCAGCUGGAGGGCAAGUGGGCCGUGCUGGGGACCCUGCUGCAGGAGUACGGGCUGCUGCAGCGGCGGCUGGAGAACUUAGAGAACCUGCUGCGCAACAGGAACUUCUGGAUCCUGCGGCUGCCCCCGGGUAUUAAGGGAGAUAUCCCCAAGGUGCCUGUGGCAUUCGAUGAUGUCUCCAUCUACUUUUCCACUCCAGAGUGGGAAAAAUUAGAAGAAUGGCAAAAGGAACUUUACAAGAAUAUCAUGAAGGGCAACUACGAGUCUCUCGUCUCCAUGGAUUAUGCUAUGAAUCAACCUGAUGUCUUAUCACAGAUUCAACCAGAAGGAGAACAAAAUACAGAGCACCAGGCAGGGCCAGAGGAAAGUGAGAUUCCCACAGACCCCAGUGAAGAGCCUGGUAUUUCAACAUCAGAUAUUCUGUCUUGGAUUAAACAAGAGGAAGAGCCUCAGGUUGGGGCCCCACAGGAGUCCAAGGAGAGUGACAUAUACAAGACCACCUAUCCUGAUGAAGAGCUUGUCAUCAAAGCUGAAGGCCUUGCUCCAGCGUCCUUGUGCCCCGAGGUUCCAGUCCCCUUCUCUUCUCCACCACCAGCAGCAGCAAAGGAUGCUUUUUCAGAUGUGGCUUUCAAAAGCCAACAGUCCGCAUCCAUGACACCUUUUGGACGUCCAGCCAGUGACCUGCCUGAAGCCUCUGAGGGACAAGUGACUUUCACUCAGUUGGGCAGCUACCCCCUCCCACCUCCAGAUGGGGAGCAGGUGUUCUUAUGCCACCACUGUGGCAAGAGUCUCAGCCAAGACAUGUUGCUGACCCACCAGUGUAGCCACACCGGGGAGGACCCCUUACCCUGCACUCAGUGCCCUAAGCACCUUCCUCCACAGGCCAACCUCAGCAGCACCCCCCAGGACCCUGCCAGUGAGACACCCCCCACCUGCCCACACUGCGCCAGGACUUUCACUCACCCAUCAAGACUCACCUACCAUCUUAGGGUCCAUAACAGCACUGAGCGCCCUUUUCCCUGUCCUGAUUGUCCCAAGCGCUUUGCUGACCAGGCCCGACUCACCAGCCACCGGCGAGCUCAUGCAAGUGAGAGGCCCUUCCGCUGUGCGCAGUGUGGCAGGAGCUUCAGCUUGAAAAUUAGCCUCCUGCUCCACCAGCGAGGCCAUGCACAAGUGCGGCCUUUCUCCUGCCCUCAGUGUGGCAUUGACUUCAAUGGCCACUCAGCCUUGAUCCGCCACCAGAUGAUCCACACAGGCGAGCGUCCUUACCCAUGCACUGACUGCAGUAAGAGCUUUAUGCGCAAGGAACACCUGCUGAACCACCGGCGGCUGCACACGGGCGAGCGGCCCUUUAGCUGUCCUCACUGCGGCAAGAGCUUCAUCCGCAAGCAUCACCUCAUGAAACACCAGCGCAUCCACACUGGGGAGCGGCCCUACCCCUGCUCCUACUGUGGCAGAAGUUUCCGCUACAAACAGACACUCAAAGACCACCUGCGUUCAGGCCACAACGGAGGCUGUGCGGGUGAUAGUGACCCAUCCAGACAGCCGCCUGACCCACCAGGUCCCCUCUUAACUGGGCUCGGAACAUCUGGCCUAAGUGUUAACACUGAAGGUCUAGAGGCCAACCAGUGGUAUGGGGAAGGGAGUGGAGGGGGAGUUUUGUAAAUAUAAAUCUCGGUGGCUUCAUGGUUAUCUAUGGGCAGAAAAUGCAAGAAAAAGCCUAUGAGCCCCUCCACCACCCACAGUAAUUAUUAUCUGGCACGUCAGUGAAUUUGGGGUCCUAUACACUUGACUAGAGACACUGCUUGUGCUUUGGAACUUCACAGCAUUACAAGAAUACCACAUUUUGAAACCCAGAAAGACCUGGAAAAGAGCCCAGCAUCUCCAUCUUCAAAGAUACCACAAAAGCAAAAGUUAUAAGAACAUUUCAGAGAGGUUGGAAAGCAAGAUUUGACCUCUGGUUAUUCUAUGAUCACAGGAUAACAGAUUGAUAAUAGAUUGUGUUUCUAGGUAGAAACAGGUGGACAGGAAGAGCCUCCAAAGCUUGAAGCCCAUCGUGAGGCAUGAGAAUGUUUAACUAAAGCCUUUUGUUAAUUCCUUGAUAGGUAAGAUGGUUGUUGGAGGAAGGUGCUUAAGCCACUGUUGAUGUAACUGCCUCCUUUCUAAAAACCAGCCACAAUCUGUUCACACGCCUGUUUGACUGCCUUUCCCUGAAACAUGGUAACUCAAGACUACCUUCCUAGAUUAAUUCUAAUACAUUUUGUUUAAUUGGGUGAACAAGAAAUCUGACUUCAAAGCUUAUAAGGAGAAUAUUUCCUCACUUUACUGGCUUGAUUUGAAGCAUUCAGGUUCUUACUGGCAUUUAAACUACUAGAAACCUUUGCCAUGAUUCUGGUUAAAAAAUUGAUUGUAGUGUUCUCAGCCCCAGCUUUGAAAGCUGGGGAUCCCAGAGAAAUAGGUGGCGUAACAGUGACAGGACAGCCUAAAAUUUGUGCCUACACCAUGUUUCUAGAGUUAUUUACAUCAAAUUCUUCCUUAUCUUUUCCAAGCCAGAAAGCUGGCUUUUCCAUUCCUGAUGUCUGGUAUUCUUGGCAGUCAUCAGCAACAAAGAUCACAGCACUUUCCAGAACCAUUACGGAGUUUCAGAAAGUGCCAGCAGACUCUUGACUUUCAUUUCCUCAGUAGUGAGAGGAUAACAGGGUUGCAAUGCAGCUUUCUUGGGCCAUCAGGGAGAGUGUAUGUUCACCCAUCUGGCUCUACCCCACUGGCAGUAGACAGACUGAGGAACUUCCUAGAUCAUCGAGAGCUAAGCGCCCUGCAUAGACAAAGGCAGCCUGUUCCUGCUUGUUUUGCUUUUAGGGACCUUGACUACUGUGUAUUCUUUUCUUGAGGUCAUUUAAUCACCUGGGACCAUCUGAGUGUGGUCUUACUCCUCAGUGUCUUUGCAGCUGGGUAUAAAUCACUUUCCCUUUACAGAUCUCAAAUUUCAUCUGCGAAAUGAGAUUGUCAAUAGGAAAAAGGGAAAAUUAUUCUUUAAAAAAUCUUGCGAUACAUUCCUUCCCCUGCCAGAAUCCUGUCUCUUGUCUUUGGCUUCUGUCCAGGCAAAGCCAAAAAAGACAGCAAAAUCAAAGCAGAGAAAUUCUUGCUGAAACUUGACUGAAACGAAUUUGAUAUGUUGUUUUACUUCUGCUUGGAAGCCUGAAAUAGAAGACAGGGAAUACAGAAGCCCUACGUCUAGGGAAGAAAAGUUGUUUGUUCCUACACUCUCUUGUUUCCCUUGAUUCUUCCGAAGAUACCUGGAACAAAGUCUGGAAAUACUUAGGAUACUUUCUUGAUGAAAUGAUAAGCAAGGGACCCAUUUUUUCCUUAUCACCUAGCCCAACCUUCACUCUGCCUAGUUAUGCUUAACCAUGUUAGGAAAAGGUGUUAGCCCAGCUAGCUUUGCUUCUGGGAAGGCUCUGUCUGAACAUGCUACUUUUUAGGGUAAUCCCAUUUAUAAAACAUUUGCUCUGUGACAUUCACAAUACCAGAGACCGUGGGAGACAUAAGAAAUGUGUGUGAGACCUAGUGUGCUGUCAUAACUUACAAUCUAGAUGCGGAAAAAGCCCACUGGUUUAGAACAAAACAGAUGAUGAACAGAUCCCUGGCAUGUCUGGAUUAAGAGCUUUCUAGCCAGAAUCUGGACCUACAGCAUGGGGAAAUUUGGGGGUUCUGGGAAUCCCAAAGCCAGGGUUCUGGCUUCAUUGGUGACCCACUAGGAACUUGAGUAUGAAAUUCGGCUCUGAUUUGUACCUUGAUUUCCCCAGUGAAAACGGACAAGAGUCAAAGUACAGUCUUUGGUGGUGGGCUUCCUUUUCUGGGUGGAUUCAAGCAUUUUCCAGGGUAUCGUGGAGAAGGGAUUCUUACACUAGGUGAGAUGUGGGACUAGGUAACACCUAAAAUUCUUUUUUACUCAAAGAUUUGACAAGGACACAGCUUAUUAAUGAAAGAGACCUGUAUGUUAAAGUGGUGCAGAUAUAUUCUAGAGCCCCUUCUGCAAGGAACUGUAACCAGCAGGGACCUAAAUUUGGCAAAUAGUGGACAUAGUUCAAAUACCAAUGAUGCUUCAUAAAGCUGAAUGAAAGGGAAUGUGUAAGAUCAUCCCAGAAAGAUGGGAGUAGGUGCGAACCUGUUCCUCAGCCCUGGCACAAAGUACAACUGUUACACGUUCUGUUCUUUUUCUCCAUCAGUCCCCUGCCAGGUAGCACUCCAGGCUAGCUAUAAAGAGUGUUUGCUUAAGAUUCAAAGGUGAAUAAAUAAAAUGGAUCAAUGGAAAAGAUAAAGUCUAACAGGAAGGUUUUAGUGUGUGGAAGAGAAACUCUUGGCCCAUCAAGUGCUGCUGAGAGAAACCAUGCAUUUAGCUCUGUAGUUAAAGAAGUACCUGAGGACUGGUUUUCCUGAGCAGACAAGAUAGGAAAGAGGAAACCCCAGAAAUGUGCUCUUCAUCUGUCCACCCUCUGGACUAAGAAGUCUGCACUAUCACACAUAGGCACCAUCUCCUUGGAGUGGAUCCAGGUGUUGACUAUAACCAGACUUACUCUUUGCUUACUAGGUUUUUCAUUAUUACCAUUGGAUGAUCCUCUGGGUCAGCCACCUAUGUGAAAAGGAAGUUCGUUGAUUGUCUAGAAAGUG